AUGUUUACAAGUUCUAUUUUCAUCCUAUUAUCUUCUUUAACGAUUAUUAAUUCAUUUCCAUGUCCACCCGAAUGUAUUUGUAAACCAACUGAUAUUAAUGACAUUGAUUUUCCACGAAUGUCUUAUCUUAUGAAUUGUUCAAAUAUAUUUUUAAAUAAUCAACAACUUAUUUAUGAAGCUCAAGAAUGGUCAAUAAAUGACGAUGAAAUUACUAAUGAUGAUGAUGGUUCAAUAAAUAAUUAUAUUAUUUCAAUUGAUUUAUCAAAUUCUUUAUCAUUAAAACAAUUUACGAAUAACACUAUUCAAUUAACUAAAUUUUCAUAUGUUAUUGAAAGUCUUUCAUUAAGUAAUCAAGGAAAAAAAUUCAUUUUGAAUUCAAAUUCAUUUUAUUCAUUUAUAUAUGAAAAUUUAAAAAUAUUAAAUUUAUCUUCAUGUUGCAAGCAAAUACCAAAUGAAUGUCAAAAAAUUUUUCGUCCACUUAGAAAACUUGAAGUACUUGAUUUAAGUGAAUCAGAUAUGUAUAAAACUUGUCUUAAUACACCAGAUACAAUCUCUUCAAAGCUUCACGAUCUUAUAUUACGUAAUAAUGUCUAUGAUGCAAAUACAUUUUCUCAUUCGAGUCAAUUAUUUGAUGGUGUACGAACAAUAACAGGUACACUUGAUUUACAAAAUUCUCGUUUCCAAUUCGGUACACAAUUAAAUGGUAAUUGUUUAUUUGAUUUAUUUCAACAAAUAACAACAUUAGAUUUAUCAUCUGUUCAAUUUGAAUCAAUAUCAAAUAAUAUAACAAUUCAUUUAACACAUUUACUUAAAUGUAAAACACAACCAGGUGAUAUUCUUAAUGGUCAACAAUUAGUUAAUUUAUAUUUACGUCAAUUGAAACUUGAAUAUUUACCUGAAUGGUUUAGAAAUGAUCGUUUUCCUGUAUUAGAUCGCCUUGAUUUAUCAAAUAAUAAUUUUCAUCAUAUUGCUUUAAAUGAUUUUAGAAAUCUUCAUCAUAUAUCAUUAGCUUAUAAUCCAAUUGAAUUAAAUAAAAUAAUAUGGCGUUCAAAUACAAUUUAUAAAUCAGUAAAUUUACGUUCAACAACAGCACAUAAUCAAACAUUUAAUUUAUCACAACGAUUAAUAAUUUUAUUUAAAUUAACAACAAAUAUUGAUUAUAGUGAAAAUGAAGCAAAAUUUCCUAUGAAUAUAACAAAAAUUCCACUUAAUAGUGAUUUUGAUGGAAUGGAUUUAUCAUUAAAUAUAUCUCAAACAAAUUUAUAUUCAUUUGAAAUGGAUUUUUAUGAUAUACGUCGUUUAGAUAUAAGUUUUAAUCAUUUAACUGAACUUAAUUUAGAUAAACAAAUGAAAUUACAUUAUUUAGAUUGUUCAAAUCAAUAUUUAAAUAAAUUAAUAUUAAAUCAAUAUUUAUUAGAAUUAAAUGAACUUAAAUGUUCAAAGAAUUCUUUAAAAACAAUUGAAAAUUUUUCUUUAUUAAAAAAUGAACAAUUAAAAUUACUUGAUUUAUCAAAUAACUUUAUUGAUGCAUUAGAAAAUUUAUUUACAAAUUUAACAAGUCGUUAUUUACAUACAAUUAAUUUGAAAUUAAAUUUAAUACAAAUUAUUCCAUCAUAUAUAUUUCAUCAUAAAUUAAUUAGUCUUUAUGAAAUUAAUUUAUCAUGGAAUAGAAUCGAUACAAUUCAACAAUAUGCAUUUCAAUCACCUAAUCUACAAAUUCUUGAUUUAACUGGAAAUCCAUUAAAAAUUGUCGAACCGAACGCAAUUUUAACUGUAUCAUUACGUUUAUUCUAUAUAUCGAAUGAUACCCAACAAUUAACUGAUCGUUGCCUACAGACGAAGCCAAAUGAUAAUCUUUUAUAUAUGUAUGCUAAUUGGUUUGAACAAAAUGGAACUUGGAUGACAAAGAAUCAAGUAAAAUUAGAUAAAUGUCUAACUCGUUAUAUAAAUUCAACAAAAAAAGAUUCGGUUGCAAAACAAACUAAAAAUUUUCUAAGACAUUAUAUCAUAUAUGAAACAAUCGGUGUAAUUUUAAUUGGCAUUUUCUUCAUUGGAAUCUAUUAUUAUCGAAAAGAUCCAUCAACAUUUUUCGCACGUUUUCAACGUUAUAAAAAACUAGAUAGGGAUCAUCCAGGACAAAAUGCAGCUGAAAUUGACGAAUACCAACGAGAAGAAGAUGAAAUUGUUAUGAGUUUAGAAGAGCCACCAUUUAAAACAUCAAGUCGAGGACCUACUAACGUUUAA